AUGAAUUUCUUACGGCGAAGAAGAGCCUCUGAAGACGAUGAUGACGACGAUGUCGCCAAUGGGUCUGCAUCGGCUGUCCACAAGUCGAGAAAACCACCUAACACUGCCUUCAGACAACAAAGAUUACAAGCGUGGCAACCGAUCUUGACACCCAAAUCAGUGAUUCCAUUGCUCUUCCUCUUGGUUAUCAUUUUCACUCCCUUGGGAAUAGCAAUUAUCUACACCACCUACAAUUCACAGACCCUUUCGAUCGACUACUCCCAUUGUGACCGAGCCUCGGAUAGUAAGUUCGAAAACGUUCCAAGCAAGUACGUGAACUAUCAUUUCCAGCACAAAAACUCCAAUCCCGGCUUCCAAUGGAUGUUUGUGAACGAUACGGAAGGCGAGCAGACGUGCCGUGUCCGGUUCGACUUACCAGUGGACAUCAAGCCUCCAGUAUACUUGUACUACAAGUUAACCAACUUUUUCCAGAACCAUCGUAAAUACGUGGAAUCAUACGACUUGGAGCAAAUCAAGGGUAUCGCAGUAUCGGAAGACUCGGUGACCGAUAAUUGCAAGCCUUUGUUGCAUCGUUAUAUAAACGACGAAAAGAAGCUUAUCUACCCAUGUGGCCUUGUUGCAAACUCUUUCUUCAAUGAUACAUUCUCCAGCCCAGUCUUGUUGAACGCUCAAAAUGGUAACAACAACGAAACAUACGAGAUGCCUUCCAAGGACAUAUCAUGGUCCUCCGAUAGGAAACACAAAUUUAAGAAAACUAAGUACAACCCAGAUGAUAUCGCCCCUCCUCCAAACUGGGACAAAAUGUUUCCUCAAGGUUAUAACGAGUCCAACAUUCCUGACUUAGGUGAGUGGGAACUCUUGCAGAACUGGAUGAGAACUGCAGGAUUGCCUUCUUUCUUCAAAUUAUACGGAAAGAACACCACUGAAACAUUAAGCUCAGGAACUUACGAGGUGCAAAUCGGGAUGAACUACCCAGUGACUAUAUUUGGCGGUACCAAGAGUAUGGUUAUCACGACAAAUUCUAUUUUUGGAGGCCGUAACAUGAGUUUGGGUAUUAUCUACAUCGUGGUGGCAGCACUCUCCUUAGCUCUUGGUGUUGCAUUCUUAGUCCAACAUCUUUUCAAUCCAAGAAGGGUGGGCGACCACAUUUAUUUGCAGAGUACUGAUGCUACUCCUGCAAACUUCAGAGAUCAGUUAUAA